GUUUCUCCCGAGGCCCGGCCGCCUCGCCCGCUCUAGUCCAGCGGAGCCGGAGCGCCUCGGACCAAUCCCCGGUGAUUAUGCAAGACAGCGGACCAAUCAGCUCCGCCAGCUCAUGAAUAUUUAUGACCUUGGCUGAGUCAAAGCUUUGAAGCGAGUUUGGGGAGCUCGGCAGCAUCAUGCUUAGACUUUUCAAAGAGACAAACUCCAUUUUCUUAUGAAUGGAAAGUGAAAACCCCUGUUCCGCUUAAAUUGGGUUCCUUCCUGUCCUGAGAAACACAGAGACCCCCAAAAGGGAAGCAGAGGAGAGAGAGAGACCCACACCCAGACCCCGCGAGAAGAGAUGACCAUGACCACCAUGCCAGAAAGUCUCAACAGCCCCGUGUCGGGCAAGGCGGUGUUUAUGGAGUUUGGGCCACCCAACCAGCAAAUGUCUCCUUCUCCCAUGUCCCACGGGCACUACUCCAUGCACUGUUUACACUCGGCGGGCCAUUCGCAGCCCGACGGCGCCUACAGCUCGGCCUCGUCUUUCUCCCGACCGCUGGGCUACCCCUACGUCAACUCGGUCAGCAGCCACGCGUCCAGCCCCUACAUCAGUUCGGUGCAGUCCUACCCGGGCAGCGCCAGCCUCGCCCAGAGCCGCCUGGAGGACCCAGGGGCUGACUCGGAGAAGAGCACGGUGGUGGAAGGCGGUGAAGUGCGCUUCAAUGGCAAGGGGAAAAAGAUCCGCAAACCCAGGACGAUUUAUUCCAGUUUGCAGUUGCAGGCUUUGAACCGGAGGUUCCAGCAAACUCAGUACCUAGCUCUGCCCGAGAGGGCGGAGCUCGCGGCCUCCUUGGGACUCACGCAGACGCAGGUCAAGAUCUGGUUCCAGAACAAGCGUUCCAAGUUCAAGAAACUGAUGAAGCAGGGCGGGGCGGCUCUGGAGGGUAGCGCGCUGGCCAACGGCCGGGCACUCUCUGCCGGCUCCCCGCCAGUGCCGCCCGGCUGGAACCCCAACUCGUCAUCUGGGAAGGGCUCGGGCGGCAGCGCGGGUUCCUACAUCCCCAGCUACACGUCAUGGUACCCCUCGGCGCACCAAGAAGCUAUGCAGCAACCCCAACUCAUGUGAGGUUGCCCGCCCGCACCCUCCCGCCUCCUUCCCGUCUCCCCCCGGCCCGGGCCCCUCCCGCCUCCCGGUCCAUCCACCCUGUCCGCAAGCCCUGGGCCUGCAGAAAGGCCCAGGGCCAAAGAAGAAGGAACAGCGAAGGCAGGACGCCCGCCACCUCCUUGGAGCCCCGCGCGGUCUGGACCGGCGACUUCCUGGCGCCCACGCCCACGCCCUCGCCCCCGCCCCGGCCUACGCCGCGCGGUGACAGCAGACAGCGGCCUCCGAGCGCAGGCACAAGCUCCCGAGACAGCCAGAGCAGCAAGAUGAGCCAGCUGGACCCGAUUCGUCGACCUUCAGCUGUGUGGGACUAUCAGAAAAAAGAAAAAAAAAAAAACACACCCACAAAAAACA